AUGUUGCAGCUCAUUUGUGUUGUGUUCGCGCUGUUGCUGAGUACAAUCGUCCUGGGUUAUGUCGUGUUCCUCCAGCCGCCAGCGGAACCCAGAAAUAUCCCUGCAGUGCCCUUCUGGAUUUCGCUCCUCGCAUUGUGGAAAGACGUAGACCAAGAAGUAAUCUUCAAACAGCACAUUCGAGAAUCUCUUUUGAAACACGGCGCAGUCAAGAUUUUCUUCGCAUCACAAUGGAAUGUGCUGGUUCAACGGCCGGCGCUAGUCGCACAAAUAUUCAAAGAGGAAGAUGAUUUCCAGAAAAGCGGAAAUCAUAAGAAGAUCCCAGGAAGCGUCCUUGCAAGCUACCUCGGCGAGAAUAUCAUAUCCAGUCAUGGGAAUAUCUGGAAGCGAUUUCGCGUGAUCAUGCAGCCCGGGCUGCAAGAACGCUGGACAAUCGACACGAUGUUUGUAAACGCGAAUGUGCUUGGUCGGAAUCUCGAGGCCGCGCAAGCAGCACAGAAAUCCGUUUCGAUCAGGGAACACAUGCAACGCUAUACUAUCGCCAAUCUCUCUGAGAUCAUACUAGGGGUUGACUUCGGUACUAUGCACAGUGACAGCACCGAAAUCAGCAACAUCCAAAGUUCAAUUAAGCGCCAAAUAUUUAAGCCCAUAUUUAUGAGCUUCCCGUUCCUGGACACAUUGGGUAUACCACAACGAGAAGAAGCGCGACGCGCUGCGAAGACCUUCACGGACUUUAUCGUCAAAAGUGUGAAGGAAGUAUGUUACGGUCGGCCUUCGAUGCCCUCGAAAGACUCAAGUCGAGGACUCGACAUGAACCUUGAAAAUGGUAGCCUGAGCCGAAGUCUGCUGUAUGCAUUCGAGAGCGGCAAGAUAAGCGAGCUCCAGUUUCGAAACAAUUUGACCAUCACAUUCGUGGCAGGACAGGAGAAUCCGGAGUUGGCGUUGGUGUCUACAUUGUAUCUUCUUGCCAAAUCACCACAACAACAAGAAAUUCUGAAAGAAGAAUUUGCGGCGGUCGACACUCUCUCGCCAAGCGCAGAUGCCCUGCAAUCUCUACCUCACCUUUCAGCUACUGUCUUGGAGAGCCUUCGGCUGCUACCUCCCAUCGGCCAGCUGAUCAAUAGGCGUGCUGCGAAGGAUCUCUUCUUAGGCGAUGACCAGGAGAUCUUUAUUCCUGAGGGAACCUACCUAGGCUACAACUGCUACGCAACUAAUAGGGAUCCCACCUCUUGGGGAUCAGAUGCGGAUGACUUCCGACCGGAGCGCUGGGGUAUGUCAACGGAAGCUAUUCAGAAGGAGUAUCGACGCCGCAAAGCUCGAGCAGAGUUCAUCUCGUUUCAUGGAGGCAGGAGGGCCUGCCUAGGUGAAAAGUUCGCUCUACUACAGAUCAAGGUGACGCUUUUCAUAUUGAUCAGAAAGUUUAGAUGGCAAUUGGAUCCGCAAUGGCCAGAUCGCAUGACGCCCGCCGGCCCUUUGAGUCCUCGAGGGUUGCGCUUGAUUUUUCAUCCUCGAGACGGCUAA